GAGGGGGAGAGGGGCGGGAGGAGAGGAAGGGGGGCCGAGGGACAACUUUUCCAACAUGUGAGGCUCUGGCGGAGCAACAGCAAGUGCUUUCUGGAGCGGAGGCUGGAGGCUGGAGGCCGGAGGCUGGCCGGGCCCCUCGUAAAGGCAUACCUACUUGGAGAGAGCUGAUGGAGUGAGAAGCCAUCAUGGAAGCCCAGUCCCACAAUUCCACAGCCAGCGAGAAGAAGAAAGUGGAGUCUCCCAUCGCCAAAUGCCCCACUCGGGCAGAUGUCAGCGAGAAGGCGGCAGCUUCCAGUACCACGUCCAAUGAGGAUGAGAAUCCUGUACAGACCUAUCCCCGAGAGAGGAGAAACGCCGUGGCCAUGCAGCCACAGAGUGGCCAAGGGCUUAGUAAGAUCAGCGAGGAGCCUUCCACGUCCAGUGAGGAGCGGGCCUCACUGAUAAAGAAGGAGAUCCAUGGAUCCAUGCCUCACCUUGCAGAGCCCUCCGUGCCAUACCGCGGAACCGUGUUUGCCAUGGACCCCAGGAAUGGCUACAUGGAGCCCCAUUACCAUCCUCCUCAUCUUUUCCCAGCAUUCCACCCUCCGGUCCCGAUCGAUGCGAGGCAUCACGAGGGACGUUACCAUUAUGAACCGUCUCCCAUCCCUCCACUGCACGUCGGGCCUCGCCCGGGCCCCAAGGAAACACGGACGGGGCUCCGAGCGAACUCAAAGCACGCCGAGCUCUUCUGCACCCCAGGACGGACAUUCCAGCGCAGGCCUGUCAGCCGUUCCGCGGAGCUUCUGCGGUGCCGACAGGACGGCGAUCUCUUCUGGCGCGGGGAGGGCUCGGCCAGGGCGGGCUCCCCGUGCUCGGGGCUCCGGCUCCGGCCAGCCGCGGGCGUCUUUGCCCCGAGCUCAAAGACCUCCGGGCUAGGGAACGAGGAGGUGACUGCAGAUGAGAAAGCUCGGCGAAAGGAGCUGCUCCUCCGCCCAGGUCAGGAACAGACUGGACUUCGGCUCAAGUCUUGCCUCUGUGCGGGGCUUCGAGCCUCAGUCUCCCCGUUUCCUGGCUGUGGACUCGUGGAAUGGCUCUCUGGGGGCCCUGAAGGGAGCCGUCUAGUCUGUACCGUGUACGUGGAAAGUCGCGGAGAUUCACAGUCCGAGUUCUGGAGAGUCUUGAGCCCAUCCAGCCCCCCAGGCGCGUCCCCUCAGGCCGGGGGGCCAGAAGAGGGCCCUGCCCUUCGCUGGGCUGCCCCCUUGCCCAUCCUCGGCUUCCUGGCGGGAGGGGAUGUGCGUCGGCGUUACUCUCAGGACGUCUCCCCGGGGCACCCUCGGCCGGCCGUGGUCCUGAGUGGCUCAGCCCAGCCUGCGGUGGCCCCGGGGUGCCCGUGGUCCCGAGUGGCUCAGCCCAGCCUGCGGUGGCCCCGGGGUGCCCGUGGUCCCGAGUGGCUCAGCCCAGCCUGCGGUGUCCCCGGGGUGCCCGUGGUCCCGAGUGGCUCAGCCCAGCCUGCGGCGGCCCCGGGGUGCCCGGCUCUGCCCCGCUCAGGGCGGAGGGUCGCCCCCCAUGCCGGGGUCAGUCCGGCCGAGUACUACCACCACCAGAUGGCCCUGCUGGCCGGCCAGCGCAGCCCCUACGCGGACAUCCUCCCUUCGGCGGCAGCUCCGGGCGCCGGGGCCAUCCACAUGGAGUACCUCCACGCCAUGGACGGCACCAGAUUUCCCAGCCCCAGGCUGUCCACCAGACCAAGCCGGAAGCGGACGCUGUCCAUCUCCCCACUAUCGGACCAUAGCUUUGACCUUCAGACCAUGAUAAGGACAUCGCCCAACUCCCUGGUCACCAUCCUUAAUAAUUCCCGCAGCAGCUCAUCGGCCAGCGGCUCCUACGGUCACUUGUCUGCAAGUGCCAUAAGCCCGGCCGCGCUGAGCUUCACGUACCCUCCCACCCCGGUCUCUUUCCAGCACAUGCAUCAGCAGAUUCUCAGCCGCCAACAGAGCCUGGGCUCGGCCUUCGGACACAGCCCUCCGCUCAUCCACCCGGCCCCCACCUUUCCUACUCAGAGACCCAUUCCCGGCAUCCCGAGCGUCCUGAACCCCGUUCAAGUGAGCUCCGGGCUAUCUGAGGCCACGCAGCAGCACAAGCCCACCAGCGAGUCUGCAGUGAGUAGCACGGGGGACCCCAUGCACAACAAGCGAUCCAAGAUCAAGGCUGACGAGGACCUGCCCAGCCCAGGGGCCGGAAGUCUGCAGGAACAGCCUGAAGGAAUGACCCUGGUCAAGGAGGAAGGCGACAAAGAUGAGAGCAAGCACGAGCCCGAAGUGGUCUAUGAGACGAAUUGUCACUGGGAGGGCUGCGCGCGGGAGUUUGACACCCAGGAGCAGCUCGUGCAUCACAUCAAUAAUGACCACAUCCAUGGGGAAAAGAAGGAAUUUGUGUGCCGAUGGCUAGAUUGCUCAAGAGAACAGAAACCCUUCAAAGCUCAGUAUAUGCUGGUGGUCCAUAUGAGACGACAUACAGGAGAGAAACCACAUAAAUGCACUUUUGAAGGUUGUACCAAGGCCUACUCCAGGCUAGAAAACUUGAAAACCCACCUGCGAUCUCACACUGGAGAGAAACCGUACGUCUGCGAGCACGAAGGCUGCAACAAGGCGUUCUCCAACGCUUCAGACCGAGCCAAGCAUCAGAACAGGACCCAUUCCAAUGAGAAACCCUACGUGUGCAAGAUCCCUGGCUGCACCAAACGGUACACGGACCCCAGCUCCCUCCGCAAACACGUGAAGACUGUGCAUGGCCCCGAGGCGCAUGUCACCAAGAAGCAGCGUGGGGACCUCCAUCCCCGGCCUCCACCCCCUCGGGAGCCCGGCAGCCAUGCCCCCUCCCGUUCUCCUGGCCAGCAGACUCAGGGGACCCUGAGUGAGCAGAAGGACCUCAGCAACUCUACCUCAAAGCGGGACGAAUGCCUGCAAGUGAAAACGGUCAAGUCCGAGAAGCCAAUGACAUCUCAGCCAAGCCCUGGUGGUCAGUCUUCAUGCAGCAGCCAGCAGUCCCCCAGCAGCCCCUAUUCCAACAGUGGGAUCGAGCUUCAUCUGACCAACGGAGGCAGCGUAGGAGACCUCAGCGCCAUUGACGAAACCCCCAUCAUGGACUCUACCAUUUCCACGGCAACCACCGCUCUUGCCUUGCAAGCUCGGAGGAACACGACAGGGACCAAAUGGAUGGAGCAAGUAAAAGCAGAAAGAUUUAAACAAGUGAAUGGAAUGCUUCCACGACUGAACCCCAUCCCACCUCCAAAAGCCCCUGUGCUAGCUCCUCUCAUAGGAAACGGAAUACAGUCCAAUCCCAGCUGCAGCGUGAAUGGGCCCAUGACGAUCCUCCCCAGCAGGAACGAGCUGUCCAGCGUGGACGUCACGGUGCUGAACGUGCUGAACCGCAGGGACAGCAACACCAGCACCAUCAGCUCGGCCUACCUGAGCAGCCGCAGGUCCUCGGGCAUCUCCCCCUGCUUCUCCAGCCGCAGGUCCAGCGAGGCCUCCCAGGCCGAGGGCCGGCCCCAGAACGUCAGCGUGGCCGACUCCUACGACCCCAUCUCCACGGACGCCUCCCGCCGCUCCAGCGAGGCCAGUCAAGCGGACGGGCUGCCCAGCCUCCUGAGCCUCACCCCUGCCCAGCAGUACCGGCUGAAGGCCAAGUACGCGGCGGCCACCGGGGGGCCCCCUCCCACCCCAUUGCCCAACAUGGAAAGGAUGAGCCUGAAGACGAGGAUGGCGCUGAUGGGGGACUGCAGGGAGGCCGGCCUCUCCCCGUUCCCCCCGGCCCACCCUCCCCGCAGGUGCAGCGACGGCGGCACCCUCGGCUACGGGCGGCGGAGCCUUCUGCCGCACGACGUGCUGGGGAACGGGGUGAGAAGGGCCAGCGACCCCGUGCGGAUGGUCUCCGAGAGCCUGGCCCUGCCUCGGGUUCAGCGUGUCAACAGCCUCAAUAGCUUUAACCCUCCUGCCUUGCCUCCAUCCGUGGAAAAGCAGCCCUUGGCGCUCCAGAACUCCGCGCGGCCCGAGGGCGGCCUGUUCCGCGGCUUCUACUCGUCCCCGUGUCCCCCGAGCAUCAGCGAGCACGUGACCCUGGAGUCCCUGCCCAUGGAGCCCGACGCCAGCCUCAACGACGAGGACUUCCUGCCCGACGAUGUGGUGCAGUACCUGAACGCUCAGGGCCACACCGGCUACGAGCAGCCUUUCCCAAGCGGCGUCCCCGACAGCGGCAAAGUGCCCCACGGGAGCCCCCUGGCGGGCGGCCCCCUCGGGCUGGAGCAGCCCCACCUGGCGGCCGGCCACGCCCUCUCCCCGUACCACGCGCCGGAGCCAGCCAGUUCGGAAGGCAGCAAGAGCGACCUGCCCAUUCAGUGGAACGAAGUGAGCUCGGGCAGUGCCGACCUGUCCCCGUCCAAGCUCAAGUGUGGCCCGCGGCCGCGAGCCUUUGGCUUGUACAAUAACGUGCUCGUCCAGCAGCAGCAUCCUCUGAGGAACGGAGUGGCCCCAGCCGGUGGCUACCAGCAGCUGGUGGAAAACAGUCCCUGCGGCCUGCCGGAGAACCUGCUCCCCAACAGCGGCGGAAGCAGCAACGGCCCCAACGGAACUCCCUUCCAUUUGGCGUCGGCCAAGGCUCAGCCCUACGGGGACAGCCUAAAUCGGCAGGCGGCCCUGGGCGGGGCCUUAGACGUUCCCUGCGCUUCCUUGAUUCCGGGACCGAAGCUGAGAAGCAGCGGCCUGCCCUUGAGCGGAAGCCAGCCCAACUACGGCAUGGCGGUGGCCCCAGGCGAGCUUCCCAGCGCCCUAGCCAAUGGCCCCCAGAAUCAGCCCCUGGCGGAAGGGACUCACUUCCCCACUGUCAGUCGGUCCAGUCAGAUGAUGUUAGGGCAGGUCAGUCCUACCUCACAAAGCGGCGCCUACCAAGGGCCGGAGGGCUGUGUGCCCGCGGGGUCCCAUGGCAUUGGGAAUCCCCAAUCGAAUCUGGCCCUGGCAAAGACUUACCAAGCAUAUGCCAGCUACGGGGGCGGAAGGCGGCAGCUCAUGCUGAGGAAUAGCCUCGCCCAACAACAAGGACAUGCCAGUGACGCCAAUCAGACCUGCAGGGUCAAUGGCAUUAAGAUGGAGACCCAAGGUCAGUCCCAACAGCUCUGCUCUAAUGUGCCACAUUACUCUGGUCAGUUGUAUGACCAAACCCUGGGCUUUAGUCAGCAAGACCUGAAAACGGGUUCUUUCUCCCUUUCGGAAGCUAACUGCUUGCUUCAGGGGGCUGGCACCGAAAACUCUGAGCUGCUCUCCCCAGGCGCUAACCAGGUGACCAGCACAGUGGAUAACCUUGACAGCAACAGCCUGGAAGGGGUUCAGAUUGAUUUUGACGCCAUCAUAGAUGAUGGGGACCAUGCCAGCUUAAUUUCAGGAGCCCUGAGUCCGAGCAUCAUUCAGAAUCUUUCCCACAAUUCCUCUCGCCUCACCACUCCACGAGCAUCUAUGACAUUCCCCGCCUUGCCCGUUAACACCACCAACAUGGCGAUUGGGGACAUGAGCUCUUUGCUGACCUCCCUUGCAGAAGAAAGCAAGUUUCUAGCAGUUAUGCAAUAGAAGUUGGGAAAAUUAAGAUAAAGAAAAAAUAGAAACAACUUUAGGAAUUUUCAAAGGUGAAAUGGAUUCUUUUUAGUUGUGUAUGUAUUUUUGUAAUCUCAUCUCACCUGAAUGGGAUGUGUUUCAAGUAUAUUCCUUUUAUGGAAAAAGGACUCUGAGAAACCCUAAAGUGUUGUAGGGAGAAACUGUCUUCCAUUUCAAUUUCGAAUCAGUAUUGUUAGACCCAUUCGCCUCUUCCUUGUCCCUUUUCCUUCCCCCCAACGCUCUGUAACCUGGUUAGGGAAUGUAAACCAAUGUAAAUGUGUCAUAUGCAUGUUUUCCAAAAGAGAAGUCUGGGGAAAAGCCCGAUGGAAUAAUUUUCUGUUACUCAAAAGGCACACAAGUGUUAGGACUGAUUUCCCAAGGAUCAUGCUUCCAUUUUCCCUUUACCAUUCUGAAUUUGAUUACACUGGGCACAAUAAGCAGAGAAUAGAAUGGGAUCCCCAAUGGUGUAUUAGAUGGUGUGUCCAACAGCCUUGCUGCAUCUUCUCCUCUCUCAUCCACUGGCCUGCAUCCCACCCUAAGUGAGUCCAUAGCAGACUUUUUAUCGCUUUUUAUGGACCCAGGGAAAUAAGGGAACUCUGAGAGAUGAACUAGACCAUUCUCCAGGUUUUUGCUUUUUUUUUUCCCUCCUAGACAGUCUGUGAAUCAAAAUGUGUAUGAGUGAGGCUGUGUCAAUGGUACUUCUCAGGUAUCUUUGUUUUUCUUCCUCUUCCUCCUCUAUCUUUCUUCUUAACUUUUAGACAUCCCUCUGGUUUUUGAGCCCUUAAGCCAGAGGAAGAGAAAGGGAAAGAGAUGGCAGCCCAGUUAGAUAAUUGGGGGAAAGUUUGGUGGAUACUGAAACUAAAGCUAUUGAGUAGAGUAUCAAUGAGGAUGAUCCAUGAGUCGUCUUCUCUCCACUGUGCCCGGAGAGGACUGAAAAUUAGUUGUUUUUAGAGAGCUCUGAAUUUCAAGUUAUCCAAAUAAGCCCCCCUUCCCCCUGCCGCUGGCCAUGUAUUUAGCAUCUGUUAACUGCUAUAAUCAUGAAGGAGUAUUUCUAUGUUAAACUUCUAUUUUAAGGGAUUUCUAAAAGAGUAAGAGGGGGGAAAUCACUUUUUCUUUUUUCUUUUUUUUUUUUGUAUUGCACUUGGGUAUAAAUCGCUUAACUCAUUUGGAAGUACAAUGGAAGCUAUAUACAACAGUUGUGUGAACACUCUUAUUUUUUUGCCAGUAUCUAUUAAAUGCCACAUCAGUUUUGAAAAAUAAUAAAUUUUAUAUUCAGUUUGUCCAUAAUGUAGAGUAGGAUCUAUAUUUUUAUUUUGGACAGAAACUGAUUUUUUUUACAGGACUCCUCCCAUGCAGUUGAUACACAUUGUAGUAUACUUGUAUAUGCACAAAUACUACAUGAGUUGUUCAGGUUAUUGUUUUUUUUUUAAUAUGUAGGAUAUUAGAAUAAGAGGCAGGAAAACCUUGAAAUACCUGCAAAACCCUAUCCCAUUUCAACUCUCCCCAGAAGUAAAAGUGAGAGCUCCAUUGCUUUCCACCUUGCCACCCCAAUCCAGGGUAUCAUAGAGAGGAUUUGGGUUUUUAAAAAUAUUUUAAUCAGAUAUAAGUUGGAUUAGUUGGCCUCCAAAUUUCCUUCCAACUCUCAGGAUUCUCAUGAGUCAGUGUUGUAACUUUUUCCCUAUCUUUCUCCAUUAAAAUUAAAAGAAAAAAAGGAAAUGUGAAAGGAAGAAUAGAAAGGUUAGGAUUCCACAUAUACACACACCCCUACCACCCCCACUUCUCUCAUGGAUACCUUUGUUAAUUGGUUUAAGCAUUCUAGCUGCCAAUAAAUUAUGAUUUCAGAUGAUAUGAUCAUAGAUAAGGACCUGAAAGGGACCUCAAAAAGAAUCAGUGUCCUCAUUUUCCAGGUGAAGAACUAAAACGCAGUGAAGUAAGAGAUUUGCCCAGAAUCACACAGUUAUGUCACAGUCCAAGACAAGCAUUUUUUUUUAAACCCUUACCUUCCUUCUGGGAGUCAAUACUGUGUAUUGGCUCCAAGGCAGAAGAGUGGUAAGGGCUAGGCAAUGGGGGUCAAGUGACUUGCCCAGGGUCACACAGCUGGGAAGUGUCUGAGGCCAUAUUUGAACCUAGGACCUCCCGUUUCUAGGGCUAGCUCUCAAUCCACUGAGCUACCCAGCUGCCCCCGACAAGCAUUUUUAAAGUAGAGAUUGGGUAGGAUUCCAUUGUUCAUGAUACUUAAAGGUGUCUGCUUCUCCCUCCUCAUUUCCUUCCUCUGUCCCCAACCCUUUAAAAUUUCUGUAGACAGUGCUUUGUUUGAAAUCAAGGUAGUGGCCACAUUUGGCCCAGAAUGCAAGAGAAUGGUAGGAGAUGUGUGGUGAGGAAAGGGCCUUAUGGCACAUUAGUUGACAGAGAACAUCGCUUAUCCCUAAAACCAGCCAGUGCAUUCCUUCCUGGAGUGAAGCCUCUCUCUGAUCAUCUGAGCAAAUCUCUGUAUCUCCAGAUUUUAGAGUUCUCCCAGGAGCAUAUAUGAGUCUUGCAGGUCCCAGCUCUUAUGGUCAGUGACAGAGCCGAAGCUUGAUGGGGUGGAGAGAUCAUUGCAUAAUGGUGCCAAUCAACAAGCUACAGAAUGGGGCAGCUAGGAUCAGAGUCACCUGGCCAGGUUUUUGCUUUUGUUUGUUUGAACUCUUGAACCCUUUUAUGGUGUACAGGGUUUUCUUGGUUUGCCCUUUAUGCUAUCCUAUAGCAUACAUGCUUUCCCAUAGGAUAAAGAGCCCAUACGCAGAUUUCCAUUUUGGGAACCAAACAGCAUGCUCAAACUUUCUUCAGAUGCCCAUAGUCAUAAGCACACAGACAUACAAAAAUCUGGAAAAACUGCUAGAAUCAUCAGGGUCCCCUUUUUUCUCUUCUUUUUUUAAGCUGAAGUCCCCUCUCUGUGUUAUCCAGGGCACCAUUUCUUCUUUUUAUUUAUUGGAAACAGAUCUUUCAUCUAUUUUCCUCCUUGUUCAAUGUGCAGUUGCUAUCCAUCUUGCAAGUAGCACCAACAUCUGGGAUAAAAAUUUACCUCAUCCCAGUACGGAUGAUCCAUGAGAGGUAGUUCCAGCAACAAGGUACAGUUCAGUAUUAGGAAGGUACUUUUGAGGUUAUCUUAGAGCAUGCCAGCUCUCACAGGCCAGCCUUCCCCUCCCCAUUGCUCAGCGUGUCCAAUUAUCAGACCUUUCCCACCCCCUUCCCCCAGCUGCAGCAUCCUGUGUCCUUUCUGCCUUGGAGAGUCGGUGUUUAAGGGAGGUAUGAGGCUGAGGAGACCAGGCUCAGCGUAGCACUGGCUCCAAGGAAGGUCUGCAAGUGGUACUUCUGUUUAACCAUCUCUGUCUCUUUGAAGAAAGAAGAAGAAUUGAUUUAGGCCAACUCACAUUUUCAGACUUGGACUCUUCAACAACCAACAGUGUUUCCAUUCUUACAAUGUAUGUGCCUUAUUUUAUGUUAAUAUUGUCAACAAGAGGGACCAAGACAUUUUGCCCAGUGAGCGCAUGGAGAGUGCCCUCAUUGGUCAGCCAAGAGCACACACUAUUUCCCAUAAUCUGAUCCAUUGGGUAAACUUCUGAUGCUGGUUGUUUACCUGUCUGAAUGUUCUCUGGAAGAGUUUCCUUUUGUGUAUCUUGCAGAUGUGUGUAAGAUAACCCCCCAGCCCUCCCCCACCAAACCCCCCCUUCUUUUUAGUUGUUUUUUUUUUAAUAAAGUGUGUAAUCCUUUCUUUUAAAAAUGUAAAUACAUUUAUGUAUCGUAGGACUAGUGUUGGGGUAUUACAGGGCCUUUGGUCCUCCUUUGGAUAAACCUGCAGUUGUGAUGGGAUGCUUUAAAGCCUCCCAUCAAACUGAAGGGUUUAUAGCACCAUGGACAGAACCCCUGGAGUUUUGCUUUCAGAACCACUUAGUUCUUUCAUAACAAAGAAAAACAAUGUUUCUUACAAUGUCAAUAAAAAGCCCUUUGUACUUAAA